UUUGUUCACUUUCAACUCUACAACUAGUUCAUGGUUUACCCUGUUUCUCUCCAAUUGCUUUGUUCGUAUCAAUCAUUUCAGAUUUGAAGUGUGUGAGCACAUGAAGAUUCUCUCAAGGGCCCAAGGUCUUCUAAAGUUUCGGUUUGCUCUUAAAUGUGGGAAAAUAGACCCUUUGUCUUGCAAGUUUUCAUCCUCCUUUUCAAAUGGGUCUUCGUCUGAAUUGUAUGGGAAAGCUAAAGUUAAUUCCUUUAUGCAUGAUACCUCCCAUUCCCAAGACGAUGCAUUGAAAUCGGAGGGCAUGAGAAAGACGGUGCAUGAUGUAUGCCGGGUCUUGGACACUGGUCCCUGGGGACCUGCAAUUGAGGACGCCCUCAACACGUUUGAUGACAUGCCUCAACCAGAAUUGGUAGUUGGAGUAAUAAGGAGGUUGAAGCAUGUGAAGGUGGCAUUGCAGUAUUUUAGGUGGGUGGAGAGAAAGACUGAACGGCUGCGUUGCCCUGAAGUGUACAACGCACUUCUCAUGCUCAUGGCCAGGACAAGAAAUUUGGACUACUUGCAACAGAUUCUUGAAGAAAUGGGUCAAGCUGGAUUUGGACCCUCAGAUUAUACUUGUAUCGAGUUGGUUUCUAGUUUUAUCAAGUGUCGGAAGCUAAGAGAAGCUUUUGGUGUUAUUGAAACUAUGAGGAAGUUCAAGUUUCGCCCUGCAUGUUCGGCUUAUACCACACUGAUUGGUGCUCUUUCUGCGGCUCAUGAAGCUGAUCUCAUGCUCACCCUCUUGCAUCAAAUGCAGGAAAUAGGUUAUGAGGUAAGCGUACAUUUGUUUACCACACUUAUUCGUGCAUUUGCCAGGGAUGGCCGCAUUGAUGCUGCUCUAUCCUUGCUGGAUGAGAUGAAGAGUAACUCCUUUAAUGCUGAUAUUGUUCUCUAUAAUGUAUGCAUUGACUGUUUUGGAAAAGUUGGUAAGUUGGAUAUGGCCUGGAAAUUCUUUCAUGAAAUGAAAUCACAAGGGUUGAUACCUGAUGACGUGACAUAUACUAGCAUGAUAGGGGUUCUUUGCAAGGCUGAGAGGUUGGAUGAAGCUGUAGAGUUGUUUGAAGAACUUGAUAGAAACAGGAGUGUCCCUUGUGUUUACGCUUAUAAUACGAUGAUAAUGGGUUAUGGUUCAGUUGGGAAAUUUGAUAAAGCAUACAGCUUACUUGAGAGGCAAAAGAGAAAAGGAUGUAUACCUAGUGUAAUUGCCUAUAAUUGCAUUCUGACUUGUCUUGGAAGGAAGGGAAAAAUUGAGGAAGCAUUUAGAGUCUUUGAAGAAAUGAAAAUAGAUGCAGCACCAAAUCUUGCAACCUACAAUAUUUUAGUUGACAUGCUUUGUAAGGGAGGGGACCAUGAAGCUGCUCUGAAAAUUCGGGAUUCCAUGAAAGAGGCUGGCUUAUUCCCUAAUAUCAGGACUGUAAAUAUUAUGAUUGAUCGACUAUGUAAAGCUCAAAAGCUUGAUGAAGCUUGUUCCUUAUUUUUAGAAUUGGACCAUAAAGUUUGCAGCCCUGACGCAGUAACUUUUUGUUCACUUAUUGAUGGCCUAGGCAGACAUGGCAGGGUGAAUGAUGCCUAUUUGCUUUAUGAAAAGAUGUUGGAUUCUGAUCAGACUCCAGAUGCUGUGGUGUAUACAUCUCUUAUUAGGAAUUUCUUCAAGUGUGGUAGGAAGGAGGAUGGUCACAAAAUCUAUAAAGAGAUGAUACAUAGGGGCUGUUCUCCUGAUUUGAUGCUCCUUAAUAAUUACAUGGAUUGUGUUUUCAAAGCUGGUGAAAUUGAGAAAGGGAGGGCUUUAUUUGAGGAAAUAAAGGCUCGGGGUUUAACUCCUAAUGUUCCGAGCUACUCAAUUUUAAUUCAUGGUCUUGUGAAAGCAGGAUUUUCAAACGAAACAUACAAGUUGUUUUAUGAGAUGAAGGAGCAAGGAUUAUAUUUGGACACCCGUGCUUACAACAUUGUUAUUGAUGGAUUUUGCAAGUCUGGAAAGGUCAACAAAGCUUACCAGUUACUGGAGGAAAUGAAGGCAAAGGGUCUCCAACCAACAGUUGUAACUUAUGGUUCUGUCAUUGAUGGACUUGCAAAAAUUGACAGACUUGACGAAGCAUAUAUGUUAUUUGAAGAAGCAAAAUCAAAAGGUGUUGAUUUGAAUGUAGUGGUCUAUAGUAGUCUUGUUGAUGGGUUUGGGAAGGUUGGAAGGAUUGACGAAGCAUAUCUGAUUUUGGAGGAGUUGAUGCAGAAAGGUCUGAAUCCAAACACUUACACAUGGAACUGCUUACUUGAUGCAUUAGUGAAAGCUGAGGAAAUUGAUGAAUCUCUUGUGUGCUUCCAGAACAUGAAAAACAUGAAAUGCCCUCCAAAUGAAGUAACCUACAGCAUUAUGAUAAAUGGUCUUUGUAAGGUUAGAAAAUUUAACAAGGCCUUUGUGUUUUGGCAAGAAAUGCAGAAACAAGGGUUAAAACCCAAUACUAUCACAUACACUACCAUGAUUUCGGGACUAGCAAGGGUUGGGAACGUUCUAGAGGCAAAAGACCUCUUUGUGAGAUUUAAGUCAAGUGGGGGCAUACCUGAUUCAGCUUGCUAUAAUGCUAUGAUUGAAGGAUUAAGCAAUGCCAAUAAGGCAAUGGAUGCCUAUACACUUUUUGAGGAAACUCGACUUAAAGGAUGUCGUAUAUAUAGUAAAACAUGUGUUGUUCUUUUAGAUGCUUUGCAUAAGGUGGAUUGCCUUGAGCAGGCAGCGAUUGUUGGUGCUGUCUUAAGGGAAAUGGCAAAGUCUCAACAUGCAACAAGAUUGUCUUGAGAACAGGUUGUGUAUAUUGUACUGUUACUGGCUUCUAAACCGAAUUAAGUGGUGGUCUUUUCAGAAAGUGCUUGCUUUGAUAACCCUUUUCCCACUGAUUAUGCAAAUUCUGAGACAGCAAAAAUUUUGUGUCCUCGGUUCUUUUGAAAAAGUAUAUGGUCCUAGCCUCAAAGGGGGAAAGUUCCAAAUUGAUAUCUCCUGUAACUUUUUCCCAUUGUUGGAAGGAUAUUAACUCAAAUUUGACUGGCAAUGGAGUGUCUACAGGUUCUAUCUAUACUGGGUUAGUUGGAAGUUGGAGGCCAUUUUUUUACCAGUCUCACUCAUCUGUCACCUCCUCUUGAAUUCAUACUCUUUAAAUUUUCUUACAAAAGUCAUUGGAGCUUCAGGAAAAAUAUAUUUAUAAUCAUUUGAGAUUUAUUUCAAUGUUGUGAUAAGUUGUUGUAAUGACAUUGGUGUUGGGUGCCAAUAAAUGUACACCUCAAAAAAUAGGGUGUAAAGGUGGAAAGAGAGAAUGUAACGAAAACUGUGAUGUGAAAGAAAGAGUGAAAUAAGAAUGUGAGAAUGAAAAAAAAGAUGAAAGAGAAAGCUGUGCUUAUGGAUCUAAUCCAGAGCUAUUUCACUA